GCUGCCCUGCAGCUGCCCGUCGUGUCGGUGGUGAGAGAUGCCGAGUCCCAGCUCCUGCCCGACGUGGGAGCUGUGGUGACGUGCAAGGUCUGCAGCAUUAACUCCCGCUUUGCCAAGGUGCACAUCCUGUACGUCGGCUCCACACCGCUGAAAUCCACCUUCCGGGGGACCAUACGGAGAGAAGAUAUUCGAGCCACGGAGAAGGAUAAGGUAGAAGUGUACAAGAGUUUCCGCCCCGGUGACAUAGUCCUGGCCAAAGUCAUCUCCCUGGGGGACGCGCAGUCCAACUACCUGCUGAGCACAGCGGAGAACGAGCUGGGCGUGGUGGUGGCACGCAGCGAGGCAGGGGUGCAGAUGGUGCCCAUCAGCUGGUGCGAGAUGCAGUGCCCGAGGACGCACACCAAGGACUUCCGUAAGGUGGCCCGCGUGCAGCCCCAGUUCCUGCAGACCUAACAGCCCCCCAGGGAGCAGCAGGGACCCUGCGGGGCGAGGGGCUGCUCGGGUGAGGGGCCAGC